CUUUUAUUCAUACUACAAUUACGACCAAUAAGAAAAACACAUCAACUCCAUUAAUUCAGCCAUUCGCCAUGGGAGAGAAACUGACAAAGAAGCAAAAGAAGACCAAUGAGUUUAGAGGAAAGAAAAGAAAACUAGACGAAAGUGUUGCUGAUCUACCUGAAGAGGAUGUUGUCCAGGGUGAUAAUGCCGACAGUAGUAGUAACAAAGAGGAUACCAAGAAUAAGAAAAAAGACAAGAGCAGCAAGGAUGAAUCAAAGGGGCCAUCACCAUCAUCGACAGGAGACGACUCAACCGAAGGAAUGAAGAAGAAGCGCAGGAGAGGCAAGGGAAGCAGUAAAGAGGACCCAGCGCCAGAAGCAGGCACUCAGGAAGGAGAUGCGGUUACCACUUCUGUUAAGGCAGCACCCAAGAAUGCAAAGUUUAUUGUCUUUGUUGGCAAUCUCCCAUAUAAUAUCACCAAGGAGCAAUUAGAAAAACAUUUUGAGAGCUGUGGCAAGGGCUUUGCGGUACGUAUCCAGACAGACAAAGUCACCAAGAAGGGCAAGGGAUUCGCAUUCCUCGAGUUUCCUGAUUCUGAGAGCAUGCAGAAAGCAUUGUUCUUUAACAAGACAUUGAUUAAAGAGCGACCAAUUAAUGUGGAGUUGACUGCAGGCGGUGGUGGAAACAAAAGUGCAAACAGGAAGAAGAAAAUUGCUGAGAAGAACGAAGCUUUGAAUGAAGAACGCCGCAAGGUCCACGAGAAACAUAUCGCGCCAGCUAAGGAAGCCAAGUCAUCGUAUGCUGCUGCCAAUCCAGCGCCUGCACAGAAGGCUGCAGCACCUAAACCACUGAAGAAGCCGACUGAUAUGAGUGAUGCUAAUUCGAUCUCUGUCGAAGGUCUUGCAGCACGUCUUCGCAGGACAUAGUCAAAAGUAGCCUAUAGUAUUGUUUUUGUCAUUUUUCAU